UUCACUCCUGGGCAGAAUGAGGCUUCACGAUUUCUCUAAGUAAUCUACACCCAUUGCUAUGUAUUUCCUCUGAUAUUGCUGCAGAAUAUUUCUCUUGCUGUGGGUUUUAUUUAUUUUUUAUAGAGAAGUAGUAAAGCAGAGAAAAUUGUAGAGGAUAACAAGAAGAGACAGAAGGCUAAACAAGAAACAAAAGAAGAUGAACAAUGGCAUACCUUAGAAAAAUCAAUUGAAAAGGACAUUAAAACAAACUUUACAUGUGGAAUGAACAGAUUUGAUAAGUUCCUGAAGACAUGUCAGAGUAAUUCAGUGAAAUUUAUUGCAGAAAUGGCAGGACUGAAUUUCUGCUUAGACGCGUGGAAGGAACAUUGCAAAAGUCAAGGUAAACGACCUAAAGAUUUAAACAUAGCUGCCCAGUUGAUGAGAAGGAUUCACAUAAUUUGGGGCAAAUACAACGAACUCUUGCAGAAAUCACAUUUAAAUAUAUUGGCCAGAAGUCUACAAUGUCUUGGGUUUGAAAAGCUGGCUGCUUCUUUGAAUAGUCAGAUAGCGGAAGCUGACAAGGAGAAGCUUGCAAAAUAUUCACUUGGAAUUGGAGCAGUCCGAUUUCAGUUACAGUAUAUGGGACACUACUUGAUGAGAGAUGAGAGGACUGAUCCAGAUCCUAGAGUACAACAUUUUAUACCAGACACAUGGCAGCGAGAGCUUUUAGAUGUGGUAGACAAUAAUGAGUCCGCAGUUAUUGUUGCUCCUACUUCAUCAGGAAAAACCUACGCAUCCUACUACUGCAUGGAGAAAAUCUUAAGACAGAGCAAUGAUGGAGUAGUUGUGUAUGUGUCUCCCACAAAGGCUCUUGUAAACCAAGUGGUAGCAACAAUACAUAAUCGCUUUUCCAAAAAAUUGCCUGAUGGAUUAGUAGUGUGCGGAGUAUUUACAAGAGAUUAUCGCCAUGAUGCCUUGAACUGUCAGAUACUUGUGACAGUACCUCAGUGUUUGGAAAUCUUGAUGUUGUCCCCUCAUCGCCAAGCAUGGACAAAAAGGAUCAAAUAUGUCAUAUUUGAUGAGGUCCAUUGCCUUGGUGGAGAAAUUGGAGCAGAAGUUUGGGAACACCUCCUGGUUAUGAUUCGAUGUCCAUUUUUAGCUCUGUCUGCCACCAUUAGCAACCCUAAACAUCUUACUGAAUGGUUGCAGUCAGUGAAAAAUUACUGGCGAGAGAUGGAGAGUGCAAUGGACAAAAGUACUACUUCUUUGGCAAGUGUCACAUGUUGCACUAACAAGCUGCAAAAACAACAUUCAGAGAAGAAAUCGUGCAGAGUUAGAUUAGUGCUGUAUGGGGAGAGAUACAAUGAUUUAGAAAAGCAUGUUUGCUCUCUGAAGGAUAAUGAUGUCGUGUUAGAUCACUAUCACCCAUGUGCUGCAUUGACAGUCAAACAUAUUGAGAAAUAUGGAUUUCCUUUCGACCUUGCUUUUUCUCCACGAGAGAGCAUCCAGCUGUAUGAUACAAUGCUAAAUAGUUGGCCAGAGUGGCCCAGAUCUCACGAAUUUGAGCCUGAGGAAUUUAAUUGCUUCAAGAACAACAUAACAAUUAAAAAGGCAGAUGCAAGGAAAUAUGAAGCAGAUUUGAAGGUGGAACUAGCUGGCUGGAUUGCUCUUGGACAAAAAGAUAAGGUGAAUCAUGUUUUGGAAUCCCUUAAACCUCAUCCUACUGACUCUUCAGAACAUGAAAUGUACAGGAGAUUUCCACUCUUGGUAGAAAAACUGAAUACGAUGGGCAAAUUGCCUGCCAUAUUUUUUAUGUUUAACAUUCAUUUAGUAGAAGAUGUUGCUAGGAUUCUAUUCCAGAGCUUGAAGAAUAAACAAAGUAGCAAGCAAAAUCCAGAUACUGAAAAAGAAAUUCAAAGUUUAAAAAAUAAGCUAAGCAAGAUGAAGAAAAAUAUAAAGAAAAUACAGUCUCUUGACCCCAAAAAGCAAACAUCAUCUAAACUGGAAAACAUUAUAGCUACUCUUACUGAAUAUAAAGCCUUGAAGAAAAGACUCGCAAAAUUGACUGAGGUCCCUCCAGACUGCACCUAUGCAAACAGCAAAGCUGUGGAUGAAAAGACUUUGAGAAAGUUACUUUUUCGAUUACGGAAAGUCGGCAAUAGUUUUAAACAAGAAAUAUUGGCGAUGAGAGGCAUUGGAUACCAUCAUUCUGCCAUGUGGUCCAAACAAAGGCAAUUUGUGGAGAUGUUGUUCAGAAUGGGAUAUAUUCGGGUUGUUACAUCAACUUCAACACUGGCAUUAGGUAUUAACAUGCCAUGUAAAUCAGUUGUUUUCAUGGAUGAUUCUGUCUAUCUAGAUGCUUUGAACUACAGACAGAUGUCUGGACGAGCUGGAAGACGUGGACAAGAUGUGAUAGGGAAUGUGUUUUUUUAUGGCAUUCCUCUGCCCAAAGUUCAAAAGCUGAUGAAAUCCAACGUGCCUGAACUUAAAGGCCAGUUCCCUUUGAGCAUCACCCUGGUCCUGAGACUCAUGCUGCUGGCUGCCAAGGCUGAUGAUAAAGCAGAUGCCAAAGCAAAGGUUUUGUCAGUGUUGCACCAUUCACUGUUGUCAUUCAAUCAGCAAAAGAACAAGGACAUGUUGAAAAUAUACUUUAUUUUUUCCUGCCAAUUUCUUCUCAAGGAGGGCUAUUUGGAUCAAGAAGGUAAGCCUAUAGGAUAUGCUGGACUUGUCAGUCACCUUCACUAUCAUGCGCCUGCAAACUUUGCCCUGGUUGACUUCCUCACCAAAGGUUUACUGCACAAGUUAUGCCAGCCAGUUAAGAAAGGUUCAGCAUUUUUUUCUGAAGAUGUAAUGGAAAAAUUAGUGCUGGUGCUUGCACACCUCUUUGGAAGGAAUUACCUGCCAGCUUGUUAUACAAAAUACAAGAAAACAUUUUGCCAGUCAAAGGUGUUUCUGGAAGAUCUUCCUGAAGAAUUUGCUGCUGCAGUAAAAACAUAUAACAGUAAAAUAGAAAACAAUUUUGGUUGUUUUCUUCUCUCUGCUGCCAAACUGGCUGACAUGGAACAAGAAUACCACCUUCCAUUGUCAAAACUAGAUUUUACAGGUAGAGCCUGUGAAGAAUCGGACCUGGCAUCUCAUUUAAUGAAGAGCACAAAACGAAUAACAGCGAUUUCACCUUUUGCAUGCCUGCCUGGAAUGAUGGAUCAAGAUCUGUUCAAUAUUCACAAUGUUAACAAAGCUGUCUUAAGGACUAUGGGUGUUAAUGCCAGUAAUGCCCCCAUACUUUGGAUUGAGAAGUAUGAUCAUGUUGGAAGGAAAAGACCACUCAAUGCUUAUGCUCUUGAUUUCUAUAAGCAUGGCUCCUUGAAAGCACUAUGCGAAGAUAAUGGAUUAAACAGCGGGGACGCCUACAACUUGCUCCGGGAUUUUUCACUGACAAUCAAAACAAUAGAGGUUUCUUUGUGUGAACUAUGUGAAGAUGAGAAUGACAAUGUUGUGCUGGCUUUUAAACAACUGGCAGAAAACUACAGAACAAAACUGCAUAAAGUGUAAACAUUUCUGCAAAGUGACAUUGUCUGCUACAUCCAAGAAUACAACUGUUUAUUUCAGAUCAGUAUAUAACAUUCAGCCCUUUACACUGUGUCCUCUGCUCCUUGACCUCUGAUCACAAUCUUCGAGCUUUUUCAUCUCCCUUACCGCGCCCAUCAGGUAUAAAUAUACACCUGAUUAGGGGGACUUUGCAAAAUUGUCUUGACUUUAAUUUUUUCUGUCCUUGCCUUUUCUUCAGUGAGGUCAUUGCAUCUUAGUUUCUAUCCAUAUGAUUUUAAUAUAACAUCUUAAAAAAUCACCUGGAUUGAUUUCAUUACAUAAAUUUGUGGGGGGUUUAAUACUGUUUCAGCAUCUUGUGGAUCUGGAACACCUUUUGUGUUUUCAUCAUGAUAUUUUAACCUUACUCUGUUUUUUAAUGGUUAUUUUACUUUUAAAACAAAUUUUUAUUAUAAACAUGACACAGAAUGAAAUAUUAAGAAAGAAAGAAAAGCAAUGUUCUAUUCCUAGUUAAUAUUAUAAUUAAAGGGUUUAUCUCCAUAUUCUUUAUAACAAAGUCAAAA